GGCUGCCGGCGUGCCCCGGAAGCGGAAGUUGGGCUGGCUAGGCGAGCACCCGCGUUAGCGGCGGUGGCGGCGGAGAAUGAACGCGCCCCCGGCCUUCGAGUCCUUCCUCCUCUUUGAGGGAGAGAAGAAGAUCACUAUCAAUAAGGACACCAAAGUCCCCAAUGCCUGUUUGUUCACCAUCAACAAGGAGGACCACACCCUAGGAAACAUCAUCAAAUCACAGCUACUGAAAGACCCACAGGUGCUGUUUGCAGGCUAUAAAGUCCCCCACCCCCUGGAACACAAAAUCAUCAUUCGUGUGCAGACCACUCCGGACUACAGCCCUCAGGAAGCUUUCACUAACGCCAUCACAGAUCUGAUCAGCGAGCUCUCCUUGUUGGAGGAGCGAUUCCGGGUCGCUAUCAAAGACAAACAAGAAGGAAUUGAAUAGUUCUUGAUUCUUCUCCAGGCAGCUUCCAGAAGAGCCAGAGCACAGAAACUCUUCCUCCCCUUUGAUAUCCGAUUGGUAUGGAAAGCGGAAUGGGGAAAACCUGACUGCUUUUCUCUCUGGCGGGCAAUUCCUGUAAUUUCCUCAUAAAAGGUACUUGCUA